AUGCGUGGCGACUACGUAACUAACAAGGACCUCAGCGCACAACACGCCUCUACCUUGUCACCCUCCCUGCCUUUCCCUGCCCUGUUCAGGCGAGUCGGGCCAGCCGCCCGUCAGUCGCAAGGCGGAGAGCAUACUCAGUGCGGCAACCAGCGCCCCAAUUCCCCGGGCGGUACGUUACUCCACCCGUGUGGCGCGCCUCCCCCGUGUCCGUGUCCGUGCCGCUCCACGGCUCCGGCCGCGGGGGGGUCUCACACUCACAUCACUGCCCGCGUGCUUGGCCCGGGCGUUCACCCCGGGCCCUGUCUCAGACACGGUUUCUAG